AGUAUCGUUUAGUCCUUCACAAUCAGUAUUAGAGCAGCUUUCACAGUUAAGACUACUCAAGCUAUAAUCGUCCAUAUUAUCCAUCGAUCUAACUCUUGCUCCAAACGUUCAUACGUUUAUUUCGCGAUUAAUUGUCAAUGAAGUAUUAAAAAUUCGAACUCAUAUGUGCAAAAUAUUAACAGUAAACUCAAUUCGACCCAAAAAAAUAUCGGCAUCAUCGAAUAAUCAUCGGAGAUGGCGGGUUUCCUGACAGGCCCAGCAGCUCACCUGGUCGGUGCAGGUAUGCAGGCGAUCGGAGUCGGCAUCCCAGUAGGCCAAACCUCGGCUAAGCUAAUCGACGGGAUGCGCGACGUCGGUAUCCCAGUGCCACCCAAGUCCUGGUUCAAACGCAAGGGCAGCAAAGACGAUCCGGAGAUCGUCGGCAGCAACAUCAAAGCUUCCAAGUCGCCGAAAAAGAACGUUUACGACAAGCUCGAGGAACAUAUCCACGGGGUGAUACAGGUCGUGCGUCCGGUUAUCGAACUCAAGCAGAUGGUUCGCGAGGGCUGCUGCAAGUCUGCUGAUCGUGCCAAGAGAGCUGAUCGAAGUCCAUCUCCGAGCAGAGAUCAGAGACUGAAGUACUACACUCCGCAAAAGUGCUCGUCUGGAUAUUGCGAGAACGAUUUCGUUUCUCGAGGCGAUUCUGCUUACCCAUCGCAAAAGAGAAAGGCUGCUUCCAAGAAGUCCGCCUCUCGUCGUAAGGACAGCACCGACGACGACGCUGACGAACUCGACGGCGCCGCUGCCGCAGCGCCGAGAAAAUCCUGCAUUUAUUGCUCAAGAUCGAAGCGGUUGCUGGAGCUGCCCUGUGGAGGUGUAAUCUGCUCCAAGUGCGACGAAACAGAGGACCACGAGCAAGAAUCAAAAAUGCCUCGACGAAUUCGUAAUCUUCGGAGUUCUAAAAAUGAGAGAGUAACUGAGCUGAUACCUGACCAAAUGGAGCCAGUUGAUAUAAUUGAUCUUACACAGGACUCUCCGAUGAACACAGCUUUGAGGCUGUCAAGGGCACGUGCUGGUCACAAUCCCGAAGAGAUAGCUAUCGAGCAAGAUCAAUCAGAAGGUGAUUCUGUGAUACUUACGUAUGAGUCAGACAGUACACCAAUGGCCAAAAAACCAAAACUUAAACCUGCUGUGAUUAUAAACCUAGAUGAAACCGUAAGCUUAGAUGAUAAUUUGAAUAAUACGCCUAAUCAAAAUACAGUAUCACCAAGAAAGCCAGGUUUGAACUGUCCCAUCUGUUUAGAAAGUCUAGCCAAUGAGAAUAUUAAAGCUAUGACAACUCCUUGCGGCCAUGUAUAUUGCUUAGAAUGUUUAAAGAAAGUGACUACAGAAAAGAAAAAAUGUUCUCUGUGCCAAAGACCAAUAAGUUUUGCAAGAUGCAUUCGUUUGCAUAUAUAAUAAUUAUUUCUAAACUUAAGUGUUGAACACAUCUAAUUUUAAAAUUGAACAUGUUAAGACAAAUUUGAUAACUACAAGGUGAAAUUUAUGUUUUUAUUCUUUCAACAGCAAAUUAUUCAUAGACUACAAGUUUUGAUACUUUCUUACUUGUUUCGUUAGAUUUUGUUCAUUUCAUUGUCUCAUUAUUUGACCUAAAAUAAUAAAUAGUUAUGCAAAAAGAGAUACAUAGAAUAUUUGUUAUCACUUGAUGUAAAUUUUCAAAAAUAAGUAUUACAUAAGAUAUUUUUGUAAAAAGAUUAUAAUUAUAAUAAAUAAUGUUACUUAUAACACUA